GCAUGGAAAUAAACGAACUCUUUAAUUUCACGUAAGCAUGCCAAGAAAAGUCUAUAAAUACUCUCAAAGCAAGAGCACUUGUAUUCACUCACCACCCUCAAUUCCAAAUUCCAAAACAAAGCAGAAAUAAUAUCUAUUUAAGACAAAAUAAAAUGGCUGGUUUCGGAGAAGUUAAGGUUAUGUGUUUGGUGGUGAUAGCCGUGGCGGCGGCGGCGGCUCCUCAUGCGGAAGGCGCGAUCUCAUGCGGGCAGGUUCUGAGCAGCGUGUCCCCCUGCCUCGGCUACCUCCAAGGUCGCGGUGCGGUGGCCCCGCCUUGCUGCGACGGCUUGAAAUCCCUGAACAAGGCGGCGGCCACCACGGCUGAUCGGCAGGCCCUGUGCGGCUGCAUAAAGUCUCUGGCGCCCGGCGUCGGGGCCAAGGCGGAGUUCAUUAACAGCCUCCCGUCAAAAUGCGGCGUUGCCCUUCCCUACCGCUACUCCCCAUCAGUGGACUGCUCUAAGGUGAAGUGAUGGAGCUUCUACAACAAAAACUAUAUAUAUACACAUAUACACAUCUUUCUCUAUAUAUUAAUAUGUAUAUGUACAAUAAGAAUAAGAUGUGAAACGUUACAAUUUAUUUAUAGGAUGGGAUGUACCAUUUUACGACUUCCUUUUGGAGUCUGAUUAUUGUAAUGAUAUAUGUGAAAAUGGAUGCAAUAAUUAUUUAUUGAUAAA